AUCUAUACUUGAUGAAGAUCUCUCUCUUUUCCCCUUUUCUCUCCCUUCUCUCCUCCUUCUGCCCCUUCUCCAGAUUUGCGUGUGGUUUUGCUCGGAAGCCUUUGAGCUUCCGAGGUUUUGAUGCUUGAGUUAUCGGGCUUCCCGGCCACUCAAGCAUGCUGGAGCCGUUCUGUGCUCCCUCCUCCGAUGACCCUUCCAAGUUUGUCGGCUUUUGGGUCCCUUUCCGAUUACCCCUUUUGGUUUUUUUGUUUUUCUUGUUUGUUUGUUUUACUUUAUGUUCUUGUAUAGUUUCUUUUUUCAGAUCUGGUGACCCUCGGCUUUAUCAUGUAGAUUUUGGGAGGUGCUCGCUGUUUCUUCAGUUCAGCCCACUACCGGACUGGAUUUCUGCCCGACGUCCUGGAGAUCUUGCGCCAUCCUCUCCGGAGUAGUUUGAAGGGUGUCCCAUGGCUAGAUUGGUUGACCUCAGGUUGCUCGAGUGAUUUUUUUCACCUCAUUUCCUCCCAUGCACCGGGCCUACUUUGCUUUACUUCUCCAGUUUGUUCUCUUCUUUGGUUGUUACUCUUAUCCUUUUGGAUAAGGACUAGUUGUAGAUGCCGUAUGGCAGUUUUCUAAUGCAUUGCUAAUACAUUUUUUUCAAAAAA